CACAUCAAAAGCGCUGAGUAUUCUCUAAAGAAUGCUGUGCGUAGGAUUAUCUCGACUUAAAGGAAAAUACCCGCGCUUUUACAGAUAACAGCGAUAUCAACAUUGUUGUUCGGUAAGCAUUAUAUAAUAGGAGUUUAAAAAAAGAAAAGAUGGAUGAAAAAUUUCAGUAUGAAGUACUCGGCAUAAUCCAGAAGAAUGAAAUGUAUGUGCGUUUUAAGACUGCGUGUCACUUUGUAGCUUUAGAAUUUUAUCGUAAAAUAUUUCACGAUCCGUGCUACGCGGGUUUUUCAAAAGAAGGAUCGCACCUUUACAAUGAGUUGCAGGCUUUUAAAGGGUGCUUAUCUCGCCUUAAAGGAAACGUACUAAAUAACAGAGAAUGGAGUUUUCUCUUUCCAGAAAACCAACAAACUUUGUCAGAAACGUUCACAUUAAAUCUAAUACGUACAAUAAUAAGGUAUUGCGUUUGUGACGUUAACAACUCCGCAGAUAUUUUUGCACUAAGCAAGUACGCCGAUAAUUUAUCUGAAGAAGGUAAAAGGUUGCUAACAGUCGUAGAAAACAUUCAUGCUACGGUUUCAGAUAAGAAAACCAAAGAACUGAUCUUAUCCGACAAUGGUUCUAAAAUGUUAUGGCAGUUGUUAAAUCAAGCUUUAGAUGAAAUCAAUUUUGAUCAAAGCGAAAUUGAAAAAAUAAAACAUGCCGAUUUAGACUUAUACCAAGAUUUUAGACUCUCACUUAUAACUUCACAGUUCGAAGUGUUGCUUGAUGAAUGCAAUGAUAUUCUAAAGUCAGUUAGUUUAAACUACCUUGCAGUUGAAAAAUUGAUAGAAGACUGUAAUAAUAUUUUAUUUAAAGAUAAAAACGGAUUAAUCGAGAAAGAUUUUUUUUCAAAUGCAGACAAAGUUCUUUCUGAAGCAAGUUCUAUUACAGAUAAGUUAAAUUUUAUAAAGCAAACAAUCAUUGAGUCGAUUAUUGAAAUACCUGAUUGGAAAGAAAAAAAUCUUGAAGGAGAUAUAAUCAUUAUUGAUGAGAAGUUAGUAAAUCUAAAGAAUGACACUAUUAAACAAACCAAACUUAUUAAAAAUGUUUUCCAUGUCACUUCUUUAAGUAUGGUUAAAAUUAAGGAAACGUAUUUUUUUCAAGAAAACAAAGCAAAGAUUUUAAAUCAAAUGAGAUCAAUUAGCUCCGGAUCUAUACGAGAUAUACGAGUAUUGUAGAACAUUUAAAAUAGUUAUUAUCUUUUUAUUUAUUAUAUUUGUUAUGAAAGUUUUUAAUUUACAAUUGUGCAACUCGACAAGCAAUAAGUUCAAAGUUAGAAAAAUAUUUUUGACUCAAAAAAUAUUAGAAUAAAAAACGUAGUUAACUAAUUUACUAUUUUUUCUGACUUUUUUAAUAUUUAAGACUUAUUAAUUGCGUUUCUUGAAUUUUGAUUAUUUUGGGGUACAAU